ACGUAACCAGAACAAGAUAAAAGAAACCUCAAUGCAUCAGAUCAUACACCACAUCCAGGGCUGAAUGUACCUCUGAGCUGGACCCUCCCAGGGCACCUGGUGUAUUACUAUCUGCUAUACCAGGGGGUGGUGGUUUCCCAUGGUGGAUAGGAGCAGGGGGGGCUGGUUUCACUGCCCCCCUCCCCUCCUGCAGUUUCUGUGUAGUCCCUCUGCUCACCUGCCUGGAGGGAGGGACCGGCAGCUCUGUGUGAUGUCAGAGAAGCCACACCUUGAAACUCUUACCUGGCUGAGACUGAGAGGGGGGAAGUCCGGAUUCAGAUCACAGGAAGAGAGCUGAGGGGUCCCUGCUACAUUUACUGCGCCCUCAGAGUUACCUGGAACAGUCACUGCGCCCUCAGAGUUACCUGGAACAGUAACAGGUCACUAAGGGGUCCUUGGAACAGUCACUACGCCCCCAAGAGUCCCUGGAACACACUGAAGGGUCGCUGAAACAUUUACUGAGCACUGAAGGGGCCCAGGAACAUUUACCGAGCACUGAGGGGGUCCCUGAAACACUUACCGCGCACUGAGGGGGUCCCUGGAACACUUACUGAGCCUUGAGGGGUCCCUGGAACACUUGCUGUGCACUGAAGGGGACCUGGAAUAGUCCCCGAGCUCUCUAAGGGGUCACCUAUCCUGACUCUUUCUGCAGGGGAAAAGGCUCCUGUACAUACCCCGGUCACUCCAGAGAAUUGGGCAGGGGUGCUAUCCCUGUCCUCCCCCAAUCAGGCACCAUGAAGGACUCUAAUUCUAAUAUCCAAUACAACAACAGACCACAGAGCCUCAAUGGAUUUGAAGAGAUGGUGGAAUUUCUUCCGGCCACGAACACGAAGAAGGUGGAGAAGAUGCCCCUCAAGCAGAAGCUGAUUAUUGCUGGUGUGGUGGUGGGGGCAGCACUGCUUUCGCUCACCGCCGGCCUCCUCGUGUGGCACUUUGCAUAUCGGAAUGCCCCCGUACAGAAGGUUUACUCCGGUUACUUGACUGUUACGAAUUAUAACUUCAUUGAAGCUUACGAGAACCCAUCGUCUCCGGAGUUUGCAGAACUCUCUUCCAAAGUCAUUGAUAUGCUACAAAAUACUUAUAAAGCUGACCCAGCCAUCGGCCCAUACUUUGUUCAGUGCAACGUUACCGCAUUCAGUGAGGGCAGUGUCAUCAGCUAUUACUGGUCUGAGUUCUCCGUUCCAGCUUACCGGGAGUCCGCUCUGGACAAAGCCAUGUCUAAUCUCAAAGUGCAGACUACCAUACUGCGGCGGCAAACCACUCUGGCAGUUGGCUCCUUCGUGGCGUACCCUGUGGAAGUGAGUACAGCAAGGAGUUUCCGCGACAACUACUGCAGUUUUUCCCUGCACUCCAGCCCUGGAGAAAUUACCUCAUUUUCCACGCCUGGAUUCCCCAACUCGCCGUACCCAGCCAACGCUAGGUGCCGGUGGGCCCUCCGGGCAGAUGCAGGUCACAUGAUCCUCCUUCAUUUCAAAACCUUCAAGAUGGAGGCCUGUAAAACACCCAAUGGAGACUAUGUAACGGUGUACGACUCCCUGACAGCGGUGGAGCCUCGCAUCAUGGUGAAGCUAUGCGGUAGCUACCCUCCUUCCUACAACCUGACCUUUGUAUCCUCGCAAAACGUUAUGUUGGUCACACUGGUCACAGACAACGUUGGAAAGCAUCCUGGGUUUAUGGCACAGUUCAACCAGAUACAAAAGACCACACUCUGCGGGGCGUCUAUGAGAGAGGCUAGUGGAGAAUUCGCCACCCCCUUCUACCCAGCACACUACCCACCAAACCGAGAAUGCACGUGGGACAUCCAGGUUCCUGAGAAUAAGUUUGUGAAAAUCCAGUUCCUCAUUUUCUACCUUCUUGAACCCGGAGUCCCCAUCACCAGUUGCCCCAAUGACUAUGUGGAAGUCAAUAAUCAAAGGUACUGCGGGGAACGAGCUCCAUUUGUUGUUUCCAACAAUAGUAGCAGAAUUGUGGUAAAGUUCCGCUCUGAUCAGUCCUACACGGACACUGGCUUCACGGCAAGAUACCUGUCCUACGAGCCGAAAAACCCCUGUCCUGACCAGUUCACAUGCAAGAAUGGGCGUUGUCUGGACACUGCCCGGCGGUGCGAUGGGUGGAAUGACUGCGGAGAUUCCAGCGACGAAACAGCGUGCACCUGCUCGGACCUACAAUUCCGUUGUAAGACCAGUCAGUACUGCAAACCCCGCUUCUUCCUGUGUGACGGGGUGAAUGACUGUGGUGACGGCACUGACGAGUUGGACUGUAAGUGCCCGGACAAGUAUUUAAAAUGUAGAAACGGUAAAUGUAUCCCAGAGGCCCAGAAGUGCGAUAAGACCGAUAACUGCGGUGACGGGACGGAUGAGUCGCAGUGUAGCGAAGCUGUCGUCGUCAGUUGUACAGACUAUACGUACAAGUGUCAGAAUGGGCAGUGCAUCACCAAGCUGAACCCGCAGUGUGACGGCGUGAACGACUGCUCGGACGGCUCAGACGAGAGUGCAGAUUUAUGCAAUUGUGGGAAGCGUCCUUACAGCAGGAAAACCAGGAUUGUGGGCGGUGUGAAUGCAGACAUUGGAGAGUGGCCCUGGCAGGUCAGUCUGCACACGACGAAGGAUGGACAUACAUGUGGAGCUUCCCUGGUCUCCCCAACUAUCUUACUGUGUGCGGCUCACUGCUUCCAGGACGCCCCCGGAAUACGAUAUUCUGACCCAAGUGUGUGGACGGCCUAUCUGGGGCUGCAUGACCAGGGCACGCGGACCAGCAGCAAAGAUGUCGUACAGAAGAAGAUAAAGCGGAUUGAGGCUAACAAAGGAUUUAACGACUACACGUAUGACAAUGAUAUUGCAAUGCUGGAGCUCGAUUCUCCCGUGUCCUACACGGAUUUUAUUCAGCCCAUCUGCAUCCCAGAGAGUACCCACGUCUUCCCAGAGGGGAAAGCCAUAUUUGUGACUGGAUGGGGUGCCUUAACGGAAGGAGGUUCUGGAGCCACCAUACUGCAGAAAGCUGAAAUCCGGGUCAUUAAUCAGACGGAGUGUAAUAAACUUCUAGACGACCAGCUGACUCCUCGCAUGAUCUGUGCUGGAUAUGUCAGCGGGGGCAUUGAUGCUUGUCAGGGUGAUUCCGGGGGGCCUCUGUCCAGCGUAGAGACUAACGGUAAGGUGUACCUGGCCGGCAUAGUCAGCUGGGGAGAGGGAUGUGCGCGGAGGAACAAGCCUGGUGUAUACACAAAGGUCUCGGCAAUGAGGAACUGGAUAAAAGAGAAGACCGGUUUGUAAUUUUUGGUCAACAUUAUUUUUUAUUUUUUUUUAAAGAAAAGACAAUGUAUAUUUUUUGGUUUAUUUUUUAAAUACAUUUUUAAGAGUUUUUCACUCUGAUCAUCCUGUGAUUUGAGACCAUUGAAGAUACUGCAUUCAUUUAAUGGCCGUAAUAGACGACUGUGAAAUCUCAAGCCUUUUGUUACUUGAUCUUGCCAUUCUGCCAUGUUGGAUCUAUAUCGGAGAAGUCUGGACUACUGUGAGGUUCUGCCGAUAAUCCACUUUUACGUGAACAGUAAUAAUACGUGAUGGUGGGAAACCCGUGGUUUGGAACUUUGUGAAACAAAAUGGAGGGAAAUUCUGACAUUAAUGCACUGCUGCGAUCGUACCGGUGGACUGAUCCACAAACACUCCCGAGUGGGGGAGAAAGGAACUUCUUGAUGUUACUUACUGGGAUUAAGCAAAAUGGCGGCAAGCGGUGAUGCGAUUAAAUGAGGGAAAAAUCACGUUGCCAUGCAGUAUGCACCUACAUAAAUCCUCAAAUUAUUCAUUUUAUUUUGAGUCGUUUUAACAAAUUUCCUGUGUUUUGGAUGUGUAGCAUUAAUAAAAUGUUUUUUUUUUGUUUUUUUUUAAUGUAUGUAUUUUUAAUUAACCGCUUCAUCUCUGGUUUUUAGCUGGUACGAUUUUCAUUGUGAUUGUAAUACACUCCUUUUAGACCUAUUCCCAAGUCUGGUGACUGCCUAAUAACGUAUGUAUUAUUAUAUUAUAUGUGUGAUAGUCCCGCGUCAAAUGUAAAUUUUAUUAAAUAGAAAAAAAAAUAGUUUUUGUAUCCAGAGUCGUUAUGGUAAAGUGACGCAACGCGUGUGUUGUGGAUUGUGACUUUCAUUUCCGUUGUUGCAGCAGUCUCGAGCAACCGAUGUUCAUUUCUGUGUUCUUCUCCAUGUUUAUAAAUAAAAGAGUUUGGUGAAGAUGCGUGUCCAUGAUGACCUCCCGUCGCGGAGAGACGGAAUGGCCGUUUUUUAUGGGAUUGUUACUUUGACCUUGAAAAAUGUUUUAGGUCACCAGAGCAGUCUUAACUUUUGACUGGUAGGGCUUGCUGGGAAAUGUAGUUCCCCCAACAGCUGGGGAGCCACCGUUUGUUCAUCUCCGUUCUACAAUGGGUAAUGGCUAACACUUGCUGCUUUGUAAAGAUUCUGUUACACAUUGUGCUCACGUUAUUGUCUCAUGUUUAUAGCGGCGUGAGAUUGGCAUUGCCAAAAUGUGCCUUAUGUUAGGAAUACAUUUAGUUUAGAAUAGAGAAUGUUAGACUGUUCUGCACCUGUUGUCAAUCCUCUUACUCUCACAUCCUGGGAUGCCCUCUUCAGCCAAGUACGCCAGCCGUGGCAGUGCCCCCUGGUGGCCAUGUCGCAAUGACGAUUGCACAACAUCUGGAGUUUUCCUUCCCUAUUAAUCCACAGAGUGCAAAGUUACUUUCUGUUGUGCUGAACCUGCUGAUCUAUUACUGAUUAUUGAUCGGAGAGCCCAUAAUACCUGUCUCUUUAACUAUGUUCAGUAUAAGCCAAAGUAAUGACACACGACUGCCAGAAUACCAUCUAGCCCAAGACUUGGCUCCUGUGUCUGUCACUCUGCAGGUCACGUAAAGAAUUUUAGAUUUGCACAUUGCUUUGAAAAUCUUCUAUUGUAAACUAUGUUAAGAGUACAUAAAAUAUGAUAAAUUAGCAACUUGUGUCCUUUAAAAAAGAUAUAGGGUCUAUUCAUGAAGCAGUGAGCGGAGAGAAGUUGCCCAUGGCAACCAAUCAGGUGCUACGUAUAAUUUUAUAGAAUGUACUUAUAAAUGUUACAUCAAAGCUGAUUGGUUGCCAUAGGUAAUUUAUCCACUGGCUCACUUCUCCAAUCUUUUCACUGCUUCAUGAAUAGACCCCAUGGUGGCUAAAAGAUAUUUUCUUGGGCUUUUUCACAUUCAGCUUUCUUAUGACAGGGAACUAUGAUGAACAAAAACCUAAAAAUAAUAAAAAAGAGUAAUUGCACUAUUUUCAUACUUAUUUACCUCUUAUAACCAUUGUACAUGCAAAAGUUUCCAGAUCAUAAUAGAACUUGGCAUAUUUGAGGUCCGUAGAAUUCACUGUGUCGAGAGAAAACAAAGUUUUACUAUUUUGGGGUGCGUGGUCCCCACAUUCUUCCAGCAGUCAGGGGCUUCCUCAUAUAACACUGACCUGUUUCAUACAUAGCAUUAUAGAGGCUGCAGUCCUCUAGGCUCUGAGAAAGGAUGCAUUAUUGUGAUACUUUCCUUUAGAGGAACAUUACACUUAAAGGAAAUGAGACACUUGUAGACCUAUUUGUGUAAGCAAUUAUUGUGUUAUAAAUUGGGGAGAAGAGUUUCGAGAUGACUUUUCUAAGAUUUCCAGGGUUGUGUAUUGGUGGUAUAUUAUGCAGAACAUAGACAGGGCUCUGCAGGAAUGAUGGAGUUCUCCUCAACAGUCUUCCACGUUCUGGGAGUAUCUGACUGCGCCUUCAUGCAAGGUUCCGCACCACAGAAACGGGUGUGAUCACUUCAGUAUCGGAAUAAAUCCACAUAUAUUGGGAUUAUCGGGCCCUAAUCCCCCUUCGUGAGGGGAUGCCUGGUAAAUGUGAACAGUUUGUAGGGUUAGCCGGCUAGAAUUGUGGAAAAAAAAUGUUUUGUCAAAAAAAUUUCACAUUUUAGACCUUUUAAAAUGUUUCUUUUGUAUUUUAUAAAUUCUUCUAUAAAAUAAAAUAUCUGAUUUUGU